ACAACAACAACAACAACAACAACAGAAGGGUGGGAGCAAGAGCAGCAUCGACGACAGGAACAGGAGCAGCAUGAGCAGUAGCAAUGCAACGACAGGGGACAGCAGCUCGAUGCGAAAGCUGCAGCAGACAGAAGAGCGGCAGUCGCCGUCGGCCAGUGCGCUGGCGAUGCUGAAGUGGGAGGAUGGAGACCUGCCCACAAGUCCGUGGGAAUAUUGGACAGAACGCAGCGGGCAUUGGGCGCCGAUUGUCGAUCACGAGCACAAGAUCAUCCUGUGCACCAUCACCAAGGCGGCGUGCACGGCGUGGCGCAAGUUCAUGCGGCGCCUGAAGGGGUUUAAGGACUGGGACACGAACGACGAGCGCAUCACGCACAACUACGGCGGCCGCCAGUCUGGCCUCACCUACCUCAGCGCAUAUUCCACGCUGGAGGCAGACAAGCUGAUGAACGACCCUUCCUACUUCAAGGCGGUUGUGGUGCGCAACCCACUCACGCGCGUGCUGAGUGCAUGGAAGGACAAGUAUGGCCCCAACAGCGUUCAUCACUGGGGGAACAUCAAGUGGGACAAGUUUGCACUCAACAACGUCCAUGCAGGGUGCCGUGGGGACGAGCACUGGAUGCAGCAGUCGUGCUUCUGCGGGUUGCGGCGGUGGAAGUAUGACCGCGUUGCCCAUAUGGAGGGCGAUGGCAUGCAGCGUCUGGCAAAGGAGAUGGUGUCACGCGGCAACGUGCCGAGCGACUUUGUCAACAACGGGUGGGGCGAGAAGCGGGACGAGGCGUUUCUGCAAAGCAACACGGUGUUCCACCGCACGGGCGCAUCAACCAAGGCGGCGUCGUACUAUGGCGUAAAGUCGCAUCCCGGUGUGCUGAAGCACGUGGUGGCUGCACACAAGGAGGACAUUGUGCGGUUUGGGUACGAGGAGGAAGUGGCUGCGCUCAUCGACGCGGCGAGCGAACACUGAUGUGGUUGUGAUGGUGGUUGUAAUUGUUGUGUGAGUAUUGUUGUGACUGUGGUUGUGACUGUAAAUGUUGUGGUUGUGAUGGGUGUGGUUGUGGUGAUUGUAAUUGUGGUGCUUGUGGUUGUGGUUGAAGUUGUGCAACGUCAUCUUGGCCAGCAGCAAUUAAUGGUUGGAAGCAGUAAACAAUCACGACUGGCACUUUGCAUCGUGACACAUAGAGGGUCGU